CUGGCCAGUAUGAGGAGCUGGAGUGACCUGCGAAACGAAAUCUUGUUUCUGACAGAAAACGCCACCGGCUCACCGAGUCUAAUGUACCAGGCUGUGUCCCGAAUCGUGUGUGGACAUCCGGAAGGCGGUGGCCUCAAGAUUAAAUCCCUCAACUGGUACGAGGACAGCAACUUCCAGGCACUGUUCGGCAGCCACAACGACAGUGAUGACGAACCGGUUUCAGUCUAUGACAACACCACCACACCGUACUGUAACAACUUGAUGAAGAACAUGGAAGCCAGUCCCAUCUCUCGAAUGAUCUGGAGAGCACUGAAACCUCUCCUGAUGGGGAAGAUCCUCUACACGCCACACAGCCCUGCCACACAGAAGAUCAUUCAUGAGGUCAACAAGACAUUUCAGGAGCUCGGAAUUCUACGAGAUUUAGGAGGAAUGUGGGAAGAAGCCAGACCGAAGGUUUGGAAUUUCAUGGAGAACAGUGAAGAAAUGGAUCUGUUGCGGUGUGUAAACCUGGAUAAACUUGAACCUGUGAGCACAGAGGAGAAACUGGUGAACGAGUCCAUAAGUCUCCUGGAUAACAGAAAAUUUUGGGCGGGAAUUGUGUUUUUGGACAUGCAGUCCAACAGCUCUGAACUUCCCCCACACGUCAAUUACAAGAUCCGCAUGGACAUUGACAAUGUGGAGCGCACAAACAAGAUUAAAGAUGGGUAUUGGGAUCCUGGUCCCAGGGCUGAUCCGUUUGAGGAUUUGCGGUAUAUUUGGGGAGGAUUUACUUACCUUCAGGAUGUAGUUGAACACAGCAUCAUCAGAGCAAUUACUGGGACCAAAGAGAAGACUG